AGGGGGCGGGUCUGAGUAACGGGAAAACUCAAAAACACGCAGCAGCAGCAGCAGCAGAGAUUCACUACGAGCAGAGACUACACCUCUCCCGUUCUCCCUAAACAAGAGACUGCAGCUCCCGCCGAACAGAGAAAAUGAGAGAUGAGGCAGAAGUGGAGAUUAUUGACUCUUUUGAGCAUUGUGAAGGAGGCCAAAACCAUAACUCUCCAAGUGAAACAGGAGCACUAGUGGAGGUCACCUUCCAGAAAGACCCCAAUCAAGAACUCAAGUACUUGGAGGCGGAGCCCAAAGCUUUAGGGGUUACACAGAUUUCACUGAGUCUCUUUUUAAUAUGUAUCUCCAUUACAUCACUGAAGAAGAGUGUAUACACAGCGCAAAUCGUCCUUUGUGGCCUGUCUACAGUUGGCAUCAUAGCUGGUAGUGUGGCAAUAGCUGCACAGAGUCUCCGUCUUCCUAAACUCAAGGCCUGUUUGGGGAUGCAAAUUGUUUUGUGUGUAGUGUCAAUAGACUCCUUUUUUAUGAGCUCUGGAGUAAUGAUGCACAACAAGCUAUUUGAGAGCUGCUGGGACUUUCUACAUGAAAACUACACUUCUGAUCAAUACUUUAUAUGCGAAAGGCUGUCGAUUGCGUAUGAUCAUGUGAAAGGACUGGAAAUGCUAGCGCUCGGAGCUCAGAUUGCCAUCUCUGCCACUUUAUCUGCGUUCUGCUGCAAAGUUAUUCAGUGCUGUUCUCCCCGGUCCAGCAUUCCCAUAAUUGUUCUGAACGCACCUUCAGCUCCUUAGAGACGGCCAUCCAUACAAUAAACCAUGUAACCAUGUUACACAUACACACAUACAAGUGCUUAAUUUGUAACAUUAAACACCAAUCUAACACUAAAAGUAAUACAAUUCUGCUCAUUUAGAUUUUCUAACUCAGUUCUAACAGUUCUAACACAUCAAUACACAAUAUUAUGUUUAAGGGGAAAAUUACAAUGUAAUCAUAUGUAUUAUAUAUAUAUCAUAUUGAAGGAGUGUUGACUCUUUUUUUCUGCCUAACAUAAUUUAGACCAAUAAUAGAGCUGCAUACACAUACAUAUACUCAAAAUUAUAUACACAAAUGAAUGUGUUUUUACACUGAAAUUGUAUACCCACCACAAAUGCUAUAAAAGGAUUUGAAUCAUAAUGUGAAACUUGUCUCUUAUUUAGCUUUUAAUUAGUGUACAAAGUGUAUCCAGAUCUACAGUAGGAGCUCCAACAGCACUUCAAUUCAUCUGAAAUAAUAUCCACAGAAAAAAUAUCAGAAAUUAUUUUGGAUAUUAUUUGGAUAUUAUCAUUGGUUUAUUUCUUUAAGAGAAUUUUCUUGAAAAAAAAAAUCAAUCAAUGAUCAAUUAAUUAAAUUGAUACGUUUUUUUUGCACAACAAAAGUAUACUUGUAUGUUCAGUAGAAAAGAACAACAUCUCUGUAAGAAAUGCUUUUAUUAAAAUCAUUGUAAUGUACCUAAUAUAAUAUGAUCACUUGUUUUAUAUGCCAAUAAUUCCAAAAAAAUUCAAUUAAAUAUUUUCUUGCAACUACGUUUUUUA